ACGGAGAGACCCUGAAUCGCCUCCUCGCAAGAGCUGGGCGCCCGGGGCGCGGGCGGGCAGCCCCGCAGGCCAUCAGCAUGCAGAGCUGAGUCCUCCGUCCUUGAAGGGUUGCCCGGCUGACCUUGCUCCGCUUUCUCCGGAGAAAUCUGAGAGCGCAAGGACGCGGCCACAGCGGUGACUCAGUGCCCUCCGCCCCGCAUGCAAAUGCUCCCUUUCAGCCAGCCGGGCUCCGCAACCUCGGCUUCCCUUCCUGCCUCCUUUUUAAAUUCCAUGCUUCAAACCCGGCGUUUUCCUCUCCACCCCUCCCCCUCUCCAUCGCUCGCCUGCGGUUAGCCAGAUUGUCCCGGUGUUUUGUCCCCCACUUCCCAUCUGUAGAACUGAAGGCCGACCGUCGCGCUCCCUCGCUGCGGGCCCGGGGAUCAGACGUGGCCCGCCCGGGCCAGGCACAGCGCAGGGCGACCGAUUCCUGAGCCGGACCGGAGGGGGCGGUGCGCGGCUCUCUCGGGCGCACAGGCGGACCUUGCCGGGGCCCAGCUCCCCAUUGGCUGCCACCUCGGCAGGAGGGGCCGCCCGGGAUCGGGCACCUGGCGUCGCCCCUCCGCAGGGAAACCGGAGGCUGCCGGGCACCAGCGCCGGGAGAUAAAGGCUUACGGACGGAAGGCCAGGGGCUGCAGUCGAGCUCCCAGAGGCCGGCCCUGUUUGGACAGCCGCCCCGGCGCAGGCGACGCUCUGAUGCCCCUGCGCCGGCUUUGCCAGCCGGAAACUUUGCGGGGAGAAGUCUCUCACCCGCUUGACCGCGCCAGAGGCGCCUGGUGGGCCGCGCGCCCCCGGGGGCCCCGCAGCCCGGCGCGUGAUUGCGGGGACCCCCAGGCGUCCGGCGCCCGCCGCGCCUCGCGGUGCGAGAGCAGCCGCCAGGAUGCGCUACGCGGACCCUUCGGCGAGUCGGGAUUUGUUGGGGAACCGAACUUUGCUCUUCAUUUUCAUCUGCGCCUUCGCCUUGGUGACCUUGCUGCAACAGAUCUUGUAUGGCAGGAACUACAUCAAGAGAGGCCUCCAGUUUGGUUGGCAGAGUGGCGACCCGCUGGCCAAUUGGACUGGGCUCUUAAAUGUCACGGAAGACCCAGCAGUGCAGAGCGGCAAUGACUCCAGCUCCAGGUACUUUGAAUUUUACGAGGGCCCUUUUGAGUAUAACUCCACAAGAUGCCUGGAGCUGAGGCACGAGAUCUUGGAAGUGAAGGUGCUCUCCAUGGUGAAGCAGUCGGAGCUGUUCGACAGGUGGAAGAGCCUCCAGAUGUGCAAAUGGGCGAUGAACAUCUCCGAAGCCAACCAGUUCAAGUCCACUCUGUCCAGGUGCUGCAAUGCUCCCUCCUUCCUCUUCACCACUCAGAAGAACACGCCCCUGGGGACGAAGCUCAAGUAUGAGGUGGACACCAGCGGCAUCUACCACAUCAACCAGGAGAUCUUCCGCAUGUUUCCCAAGGAUAUGCCCUACUACCGGUCCCAGUUUAAGAAGUGUGCAGUGGUGGGCAAUGGUGGCAUCUUAAAGAACAGCCGCUGCGGGAGGGAGAUCAACAGCGCUGACUUUGUCUUCCGGUGCAACCUACCCCCCAUCUCGGAGAAGUACACCAUGGAUGUAGGAGUGAAGACAGAUGUGGUCACCGUGAACCCCAGUAUCAUCACAGAGAGGUUCCACAAGCUGGAGAAGUGGCGGCGGCCCUUCUACCGGGUGCUGCAGGUGUACGAGAACGCGUCCGUACUGCUGCCUGCCUUCUACAACACGCGCAACACCGACGUGUCCAUCCGCGUCAAGUACGUGCUGGAUGACUUCGAGUCGCCGCAGGCGGUCUACUACUUCCACCCGCAGUACCUGGUCAACGUGUCGCGCUACUGGCUCAGCCUGGGGGUGCGCGCCAAGCGCAUCAGCACCGGCCUUAUCCUGGCCACCGCGGCGCUGGAGCUGUGCGAGGAGGUGCACCUGUUCGGCUUCUGGGCUUUCCCUAUGAACCCCUCGGGCCUCUAUAUCACUCACCACUACUACGACAACGUCAAGCCCCGCCCGGGCUUCCAUGCCAUGCCCUCCGAGAUCUUCAACUUCCUACACCUGCACAGCCGCGGCAUCCUGCGCGUGCACACGGGCACCUGCAGCUGCUGCUGAGGCUAGCGCAGGCCACUCACCCGCCCGCCUGCCUGCCCAGUACGUGGAACCUUGCCGGUCCUCGCCCGCGGGCAGGGCACGGCGAGGGCCUGGGCGCUCAAAUUGGCCUUCCCUGGGAUGUUCAGCUUCGGGCUUGGGUCCUGCAGGCCAGGAGGCAAGGGUGGGGGCGGGGCAGAGUCAGCCCCUUGCUGAGCGGCUGCCCUGCCCAUGGGUAGCACGCUCCUGGGCCACACCUCGAGAUCAGGGCCCUGGGGACCUGCACCUGAAUCAAGCACAUUUCUUCUCCAGUUUUAGCAUCUGAGAGAGCACAAACUGUAUGGUCUCUUUGCAGCUAAAGGAAACCAAAGGAGGAACUGAAAAGAGGGGGACAGGACAUAAGAGCAUGGCUAAGAUUUAACCCAGACUUUUGGGUUCCUGUGUCUUAUUCCCAGGCCUCAGCCAUGCAUUGUUAUCUGGAAUCUCAGAGCUUAGAGGCCAAACCAGUGGCCAGAGCUUUCUGUGGGUACAGCGGCUCCGACAGGUCCAGAGAUUAUCAACCAACUAUAACUAACUAACCCACUGAGGCCAUUAAGUGGCGCUGUGAGAUCUGAUACAAGGCCUGUGUGUUUGGAUCUUUGCUGAAACACCACUGGCAGAGGAGAGCCACACCCUGCAAACACGUCCUCAGAUGCACACACAAGUCUUGGUGCCUCCAGGUUCAAUCCUGCGUUUGAUCUUUUGAUGAGAAGGAAAUAAACCAGACCAGCCAUUUGCACUAAGGUUUUCAAGCCAGUGUUAUCAACUCAAUAAGUGCUUAGCGACUUGCUUCCUC